AUGACUGACGUUCCUCUUCCUGAAUGCCUUCCAAAGCCAGAAGAACCGAAAGCUGCAGAACCACAACAGUCUCCUCAGCAACCUCAGUUCCAGCAAGUACCUCCGAAUUACUACCAAUUUCCACCUCAAGGUUACUACCCACCACAAGGCUUCCCGAACUACCCUCCUCAGCCUAUGCCUUACUUCCCCAACCCUUGGUUGUUCCAGCAAGCUCCACCCCAGCAAUUCCAAUUCCAAUCUCAAUCGAAGAGAGACCAAGACUUCGAAGAAGGUCUGAACCGCUUACGCAAAGAGUAUGCUACAGCUCCAAUUGAGAGAAAGUUGUUCCCGGACCAAAAAAUAAUGUUUAGGGUAGAUGGUUAG